UCUUAAUUAAAUAAACAUUCAAGAAAAACUCAUAUAAUUAUUUCAUAAUAAAACUUCUUUCUAGAGAAGAAGUGAGCUACACCACUCAAAUACCUACAAAUAAAUAAUUAAAAAAAAAUAACCAUGGCGAAAAAUCAAAUUUUGUUCACCUAUUCUUGCGCAAUUGUUUUCCUCUUCCUCUUCCAUGAUUGCGAAAAUACUUUAACAUUAGCUCAAUCGUCAUCACCUGCCCAAUCACCAUCGACAACACCUAAUAAGAAUCAUCGUCCUUCAUCUGAUUCCUCAGCUCAAUCUCCGGAUCAGCCAUUAGUGGAAGCCCCACCAACAGCGAAAUCCAGGAGAAAAGGACAACCUACCAACAUAACAGAAAUCCUAGAGAAAGCCGGCGGUUUCAGCAUCUUCAUUCGCCUACUAACAAGCACUGACGUCAUUAGUCCUGUCGAAAAUGAUCUCAACUCUUCCAAUACCGUCACCAUUUUGGCUCCAACCAAUGCAGGAUUCUCAGCUCUUAAGACUGGAACACUCAACACUCUCACUCCCCAACAAAAAACACAAUUGGUUCAGUUCCACAUCAUCCCAACUUUCAUAUCCCUACAGAAUUUCCAAACCCUAACAAACCCUGUUCACACUCAAGCCACUAACACUCGCGACUACCCAUUAAACAUUACUAGUACUGACGGAUCUUCUGUCAACAUAUCUACUGGAGUUGUCAACACAACCAUAUCAGGAACCAUUUAUUCCGAUAACCAACUUGCUAUUUAUCGAGUUGAUAGUGUCUUGCUUCCUAUCAAACUUUUUGCUCCUAAAAAGGUGGUGAGCUCACUGGCACCAUCUCCAGCACCCGCAAUGGCCUUAAAACCUAAAAAGAAAUCGACGGAAUCAGCUUCAUCGUCUGGAUCGCCCUCAUCCUCCUCAAAACCAUCUUUAACAUCUACAUCACCCACAUCAUCAUCAUCAUCCAAUGAUGAUGAAUCAGUCGCCACAUCAGCAGAUACAUCUGGUGCUAAACGACCAGUUGUUGUUGUUGCCACAGUCUCCAUUGGUCUUCUUGCUUUGUUCUUAUGAUACAUAUUAUCUUCCGAUCGAGAUGGUUACCUUACACUCCAACCAUAUUAAUUAACUAAAAAUAUUGUUUUUGAAUAAUAAUUAAUAAUAUGCAUGCAUGCAUGGUCUUUUCAUUUCCUUUCUUUUGUGUACGUACGUACAUGUACUAAUUAAUAUUUGAUUGAAUUUUGUGUUUUC